AUGUUUGAAGACAUAUCAAAAAAGUAUGAAAAAUUGAACAAGGCGGAAAAAAGUUUUGAUGAAACAAAUGACACGGUGCCAGACAGUGUAGGAAGAUUAUACUCCAUAGAUGGAUACACUAGUGACGGCAUGGAAAUUUCACAACCACAGUACAAUGAAUAUAAUACAUAUCCAAAUGCAAUAGUACAAGAAUAUGGAAAUAAUAAUAGUACUCCUUCUAUGACUUUCGGUUAUACAGGAAAUCCAUUAAGUUGUAAAACAUCCAACCCAAAGGUAUUUAUUCGAAGGGUUGAAAAUAAGAAACGCAAAGUAGGUAAUAACAAAUCUGGUUCUUUAAAUACAUCCUUUUCACAAGAUAUUAAUCCUUAUGUAAUAUACCCAAGUAAUUCCAUUAAUAAAAAUAACAUAGGAGAGUUUAGUUACACCAUUCCCCUUUGUGAUAAUAAUAAGAAUGCACAAUUUAGUGAUAAAUAUCUUAGUGGUAACUCAAAUAGAUUAACUUAUGCAUAUUUAUCCGAUGAUCUUAAUUAUUCCUUAAAUGGUCAAUUUAUGAACCUUGACAAUACAUACAUGAAUAUGCCUCUCUGUGUUCGUGAGUCUUUUCAAAAUAAUGACACGUACAACUUCGCCAAUCAAGUCUAUCCCCUGAGUGCGGGAAACAUUAACAUUAAUAACGAAUUUUUACAGGAGAUGGAUACAAAGUGUCAUAUAUCCCCUAAGGAUGUUAUUACGUAUAUUAACAACUUCAUAAAAUAUAUUUUUAAAGUACUAAAAUUGGCGUUUGCUAAAAUUAACAGAGAUUUAAAUACGAAGGAAAUAAACUUCGACCCAAGCGUGCCACCAGUGCAUGAAAUGGAUAUUGAUUGUGAGAUGUGCAGAAAAAAGUAUGGAAAUAUUUUAAUGGAUACUCAUCACAAAGAUUGUAUAAGUUUCUUUGAAGGUUUUGAUGAGUCUCGUACUAUUUUUCAUAAAAUAUGGGAUAUAAUAAACAAUUGGCUGGAUUCAAAAGAAAUUAAUAAAAUAGAUUUUUUUAAAGAUAGGGGAAAAAUAAGAGAAAUGGUACGACAAAAUAGUAAGGAGUUUGAGGAGGUCUACUACAAAAUGGGUACUUUUCCAAAAGAUGAAAAUGGAAAAAUUGAAUUGCCUCAAUUUAGCAACUUCGAAAGACACAGUGUUAUGAUGUAA